AUGCGAAAUCGUCUUCUUAAAAAGGACUUCCCUAUUCACAAAGACACAGUCAACGCCGCCGCCACAGUCGCAAGUAAAUCCACCGAACCACAUGCUACUCCUUUGGACGAGGAAAAGACCUUGACUCCCGCCUCCACCGGCGCCAUCAACAGCAUGAAAGCCCGGAGCCCUGCCUCCUAUAAACCGGCCGUCGCCAGGUCCAGCACAAUCAGAAGCGUCCGGAGCUUUGAGGGCUCCGAGUCUAGCCCCGAAAGCAAAUACAGCAAUUUCUCCAGUAGCAUGAACAGUACCACAAGCGCCCUGUCCAACUCCAACUCCGAUUCCAACUUCCACAACCAGACACAUCUCAAAUCCAAGACCGAACACGACACACAUACAGCGACACCCUCGCGCUGGAGCACUGGUGCUGCGCGCGUGGUUGAGCCUACUCCAGAUCCAGAUAAUUCCGCCAUGUCAGAAAACGUUGAAGCGCCAGACAGUCAAUGGGACUCGACAAUAGGCAAAGCCGGUCUGGGAAAGACCGGUCGCGUGAUAAACAAACUUGUAAGCGACAACGAAGCUCUGAAGCGCGACAUAAAGAUUGAGCGCCUCAAAGCAGACGAGGCCAAGCAAGCGGCCAAGCUGGUUGAGGACAAGCUUGAGCGUAUGGUCAACGAUUAUGAGAGCCGACUACUCGAAGCCAAUGUUACUAAGACACUGCUGGCUCGAAAAGAACGCCAGGUGGAGACCUUGCAAACAACCGUCGAACUCGAGAAGAAGAAGGCUAUAGAUGCUCUUCAACGCGAAAAGAGCUGGAGGGAGGAGAUGGAUAAGACGAGGAAAGAUGCAACGACCCAAGUCGAAGAAGCAACUAGCUAUGCGCAGUUGAUGGAGGGUCGCUAUAAUGCCAUCUCGUCCCACUGGCAAGACCAAGGAGAAGAAGUCAAACGAGCCGUCUCCAAGAUGAAAUCCGAGAUCGACCAACUGAAUGAGGAGCGACGAGCAGACGACGACAAAAUACAAACACUUAGAGAUCUGUGCGACCAGCAAGAUAGCAACAUCAAGCAACUUCGACACGAAAAAGAAGAGAUUGCGCGUAUGUUUGAGGAAUACAAACAGAGCCAAGAACAAGGCCUCAAAGAUAUCAAGACCAACGCCAGAAAGCGAGAAGAUGAGCAAGAAGCUUUGCUAGAAGCUUCUAGGGAAACUCUCAACAAGCUGAGAUGGGCGCUGAACGUGAAAGAAAACGUCAAAGGCGCGCAAUAA